AUGCCGCACGUUUGGCGCUGGGUGCGAGUUUCACCGAGAACGAUUCGAAACUGGCGCCUCGGGAACGAUUACACAGCCAUAUCCUUGAGAACUGGUCGUGCAAUUUACACGUCAUCGCAUACACAAACACGUUCCAAGAAGUCUCCCUCCUCCGGGGUUGCUGGGUGUAGAAGGGCUUCCCGCUCCAGAGGCGGAGCAGGUAUACGGCGGCGAAACGUCAUGGUGACUAAGCCUACACACCCACCCGAAUAG